GCCCCCGCGGCGGGGCCUGUCGGAGCGCGCGAGGCGGUCGCGAGGCGCGGGGCUGUUGGUCCCCGACUACGCCGCCGGAGGCCCCGCGGGCGCCCCCUCCCUCAGCACCUCCGGGCCAUGGACGACCCGUCCCGGCUGCUGGCGGCGGCGGCUGCAGCCACGCACCCCGCGGGGGCGCUCUCCGGGAUCCCGCCCCUGCCCCUGCCGCCCCCCGACGCCGAGGAGCUGGAGCCCGCGGCCCCGCACCGCCUCCCGCCACCGCCGGGGGCCCCACCGCCCGCGCCGGGACCCGGCCCGCACCAGGACACGGGCGACAUCCUGCAGCAGAUCAUGGCCAUCACCGAUCAGAGCCUGGACGAAGCGCAGGCCCGAAAACAUGCUUUGAACUGCCAUCGAAUGAAGCCUGCUCUCUUCAGCGUGCUCUGUGAGAUCAAGGAAAAGACAGUGUUAAGUAUUCGUGGUAUUCAGGAAGAGGACCCCCCAGAUGCUCAGCUAAUGAGACUAGAUAACAUGUUGCUGGCAGAGGGUGUCUCCGGGCCUGAGAAAAGAGGAAGAGGAGGACCGUCGGCUGUAGCAGCAACAUCAGGUGGCUGUCCAAAUGACAAUAGCAUUGAACACUCUGACUACAGGGCCAAGCUGUCACAGAUCCGACAGAUAUACCACUCUGAGCUAGAGAAAUAUGAACAGGCUUGCAGUGAGUUUACUACUCAUGUCAUGAACCUUCUUAGGGAGCAAAGCAGAACAAGGCCAAUUUCACCCAAAGAAAUUGAACGCAUGGUCAACAUUAUCCAUGGGAAAUUCAGUACCAUCCAGAUGCAGCUGAAGCAAAGCACGUGUGAAGCGGUGAUGAUCCUGCGGUCCCGAUUUCUAGAUGCCCGGCGAAAGCGACGUAAUUUCAGCAAGCAAGCAACAGAAGUCCUGAAUGAAUAUUUUUAUUCCCAUCUAAGCAACCCUUACCCCAGUGAAGAAGCCAAAGAAGAGUUAGCCAAGAAAGGCGGCAUCACCGUCUCUCAGGUGUCUAACUGGUUUGGCAACAAGAGAAUCCGUUACAAAAAGAACAUGGGGAAAUUUCAGGAAGAAGCUAAUAUUUAUGCAGCAAAGACAGCAGUGGAUGCAACUACUGUAGUGGCCCAAGGAAACCAGGCAAAUUCCCCAUCCACACCUUCCUCUGGCUCCUCUGGCUCUUUCAAGAUGACAAAUUCUGGGGAUUCCUUUAUUAAUCUACAGUCACUAACUUACCAGAGCUCUCCAGUGGGAGCCAGUGUCCAGUCACAGAUGGAUUCUUUACAUCAUGUCAUACACCAGACGGGCAGAUACGACUCUCUUGUUGGAAACCCUUUGUAUACAACUCAGCGAAUUGAUACAAAUGGCAGCUGGCAGGAUGCUACUACCCCAUCAUCUAUCACUUCACCUGCUGGAGACCCAGGCAGUGUUAAUUCGGAUGCAUCUAAUUAAGUUUGGGACCUAUUGAUGAGAGGAAAGAGGUCAUUAGUGUAAUUUGUCAUGUUUGCCAAUAUUCUUAUUUUUACAACUUGACACACAGCUAAUUACCUCAGAAAACCUGGAACCAAUAGAAGAUUGUGAUUACAGUGACACCUCUCUACCUCUCAACCUGACACAUUGGAGUUAUCUUUUUACUUAGAUCCAUUGGGAUUUAAAAUGAUUUGAAAACUUGUUUCCUCUUCCUAACCAAAUUCAUUUUUUAAAUAGCAAUUUUAUGGUAAGAAUUUGAAGUGUCUCUUAUAGGACUUGUCGCAAAUUUUUCAAUUAAAAAAUGACUUAUUUUAAUUUUCAUGUCCUUUUUUACUAUGAGAUUUUUGUUUUAGGUGAUAGUUACUAACAAUUUAAACUUGUAUUGUACUUGUACACGUUCUGUGUAUUGUAAUUUUGUAUAGGGAGAUAAAUUUUUCUGUUAAUUCAGAUUCAUACUGUGAAUUCUGAGCUAAUUGACCCGAAACAAAACAUAACUUUACCAAAACUUUUAUUGGGAUUUAUUCUUAAGUAGAAAGUUACAUCUUGUAUUGUUUCAUGUAGUUCUAAUUUCAUGUCUUUGUAAAUUCAGACUUCCCUGUGAAUAGGUUUGUGCAUUUCUGGAAAUAUUGAUACAAAAUCUACCAUUUUCAGUUGAAAGUUUAUCAAAGAGAAUAAAGUUCCAAAGCUUUUUUCCUUUCUGCC